AUGCUAUUCGCAGCAUCCGUGCCAGCAGUCCUGCUUGCCUUGUCUGCCACAAUACUCUAUGCAUUGGCCAAGGUGGUAUAUCGCCUUUACCUACACCCACUCGCGUCUUUUCCUGGACCGAAACUAGCCGCAGCGACGUUUUGGUACGAAUGCUACUUCGAUGUCUUCAAAGCGCCUGGCGGACAGUUCAUCUACGAAAUUGAUCGUUUGCAUUCAAUCUACGGACCAGUGAUCCGGUGCAGUCCCGAUGAACUUCACGUCAAAGACUCGGAGUGGUUUGAUGUCCUCUUUGCCGGACCGGGUCACGUUCGCGAAAAGUGGCAUCGAGCAAACCGCGCGAACGGGUCUCCUGGAUCGGUGGCAUCCACCGAGUCAUACGACUUGCAUCGGAUGCGCAGGGCCGCUCUCAACCCAUUCUUCUCCACCAAAGCCGUCAUGGAGCUCGAGCAAGAGACGCGCCGCAAGUUUGAUUCUCUAUGCGACAGAUUGAGAGAUUAUGCGAAAGAUGGGCGGAUUGUCAACCUUGGAGGCGCGUUCACCGCCGUGACGCUAGACGUCAUCAGCCAGUAUUGCUUCAACGAAUGCUAUGAUUGCGUCGAAACGCCCGAUUUUGCCCCGCAUUGGAAGAUGCUCAUGUCUGCCCUGUUCGACGGCGCUCCAUUCACCAAGCACUUUCCCAGGCUGGCGAUUGCCCUGCAGAGCUUGCCGAGGUCGAUUGCCUUAAAGAUGAACCCGGUAUUGGGGCCGUUCUUCGAAUGCCAGGACAGAAUCUACGUACAGGCUCGACAGGUCUGGGAGACUGAGCGCGAUGCGCAGGCUACUACGAAGACGAAGACGAUUUUCCAAGGCAUCAUGCGGAGCAAUCUCCCACCCGAGGAGAAAGCGGUGAAACGAGUGUGCGAUGAAGCGUUCGUUCUGGUUGUCGCGGGCGCGGAGACGACGGCAAGAGUCUUGUCCGUGAUCAUGGCUCAUUUGCUGCAAGACCGAGAGUUGUUCGAUCGGCUCAGGAAAGAACUCAGUGGCGUUGUCAGGCCAGACCUUCCACCGAGUCGGGACCUCGAAGCCAUACCUCUGAUGAAGGCAGUAGUGCAAGAGGGCGUGCGACUCGCAGCGCCGGUGACGAAUCGUCCGAUUCUUAUCGCCCCUAAGGAGGAUCUCAAGUGCCACGAUUGUGCCAUACCCCGAGGAACCCCCAUCUCAAUGACAUUUCGAGACGUUCUGUUCGACCCGACCAUCUUCCCGGACCCUAACGCUUUCAAACCGGAUCGCUGGCUCGAGGCGGAGGCGCAAGGCAAACGCCUGGAUCGCUACCUGGUCAGCUUCUCCAAAGGCUCGCGCGGCUGCCUUGGUAUCAACCUGGCCUACUCAGAAAUGUACAUUGGCGUUGCUGCUCUGGUCUCGCGAUUUGAUCUGAAACUGUAUGAGUUCGAUCAGAAGCGGGACUUGGACACUGUCAGGGACUAUUUCAUUGGGCUGCCGAGUAAGGAGAGCAAAGGGGUGAGGGUGAAAGUUGCUGGGAGGAAGACUUAG